GCAAAGCGCUUGAGGGCUACCGCAGAUCUGCACAACAUCUCCGUUGGCCUGCUCGGCUGCAUUAACAACAAUCCCCAUUUGCAUGCGUCCCAUCCACAGUCCACAUUCCUUUAAACCGUGUGUGCCGGAGGGGCGUACACGUUCAGAGUCGGUCUUUUUCCACACCAGCAGGGACGGUGUUCACCCACCGAGAGACAUUCACCAUGGCCUCAGCACUGAACUGCACAACGAUUGUGUUGUGUUUUAUUUAUUUUUCGUUACUGUUUGCAAGUGUGUUUUGCGACGCUGAAACAGAAGAAGAUGAGCAUGCCAAGCACACGUACACGGUGGAGAUGUUCGACGAGGCGGUGCCCACUGCACCCCACUUUGUCAUGUUUUACGCUCCCUGGUGCGGCCACUGCAAGAGGUUACAGCCGACGUGGAACGAACUGGCAGACAAAUACAACAGCAUGGACAAGCCCCCAGUAUAUGUGGUAAAAGUGGACUGCGUCAAGGACACCAAGUUCUGCUCCAACGUCCACGGGGUCAGGGGCUACCCCACGCUGAAGUUGUUUAAGCCAGAGCAGGAGGCAGUUAAGUACCAGGGGCCCAGAGAUCUGCAGUCCCUGGAGACCUGGAUGCUGAAGACACUCCAGGAGGAGCCGUCUGAACCAGAAUCUGAACUGGAGCCUCCGAAGGCCCCGGAGCCCAAACAGGGCAUGUAUGAGCUCACUGCUCUCAACUUUAAGACCCACAUAGCCAAAGGCGCCCAUUUUGUGAAGUUCUUUGCUCCGUGGUGCGGUCACUGCAAAGCCAUGGCCCCCACCUGGGAGCAGCUGGCCUCCACCUUUGAGCACUCUGAUGACGUCAAGAUAGGAAAGGUGGACUGUACGCAGCACUACGAGGUGUGCUCUGAAAACGGCGUGCGGGGAUAUCCCACGCUGCUCUUCUUCUACAACGGACAGAAGACAGACCAGUUCAAAGGAAAAAGAGACCUGGACUCUUUCAAAGACUUUGUGGACAACCAGCUGAAGGCUGCCAUCACAGAGGAGCAGGAGCAGGAACCGAGUGAGGAAGAAAAAGCCAACGAGAUCCCCACCGAUGAGCCGGCCGAAGAGGAGGUGAAGUCCAGUGUGUUGACCCUGACGGAGAACAACUUUGACGUGACGGUGGCCAAGGGCUUGACCUUCAUCAAAUUCUACGCUCCAUGGUGUGGCCACUGUAAGAACCUCGCUCCAACAUGGGAGGAUCUCUCCAAGAAGGAGUUUCCCGGCCUCACCGACGUCAAGAUAGCCAAAGUGGACUGCACUGUUGAGCGGACGCUCUGCAACAAGUACUCUGUGCGAGGUUACCCCACCCUGAUCAUCUUCAGGGCGGGCGUGCAGGGUGACGAGCACCACGGCGGGCGGGACCUGGAGAGCCUGCACGGCUUCGUGAUGAGGCAGGCGAGAGACGAGCUGUAGAGUCAGAGCUCGACCGGUCGCCCACAUCGCACAGCUGGCCAGUAGGACACCACUCACCCUCUCGCUCUCUCUCACCCUCUCCCCCUCAGUAGCCAUACCUCUCUCUCUCUCUCUGUCUCUGUCUGUCCCCACUCGGGUUCUCUUCAGGAAGACGUCGACCAGCCACAGACUGGCGCACUCUGUUCUCUCUCUGGUGUGCAAGGACAGAAUGAUUCAGUCGAGUGUUUUUUGGAUGUGAAUGUAUUUCGCGUUGCUGUUGCCUAACCUUAAAUCUCCUCAUCUGGAGACGACCAUCAUUGUGGUGAAGUGAUGCGUCUGACGACCACUUUGAAAGCACUGCUCAAUCAAUCAGAAAUCCUCUCACGAAGAAAAGGGCAGCAGCUCGAGUUUCUGCCCGUUUGAAAUUGUCUCUGAUGAACUUCUGUAGCCAUUUGACUUCUUUUUUUUUUAGUUUUAUACACAGGAUCUUUUUUGAUUGAUGAUAAGCCCUUGAAAUUGUGGCACCAUAAUUCACAGGUUUGUAAAGGUUGUGUUGCCCAAAUGUGAAUUUGAGUGUUAAGUUGAAGGUACUUUGUGUCCGUGCCAGCGAUGGCCUGUCUGACUUAACUCUCAGGGAAACGCCCACACGGACUAGAAGGAGUUGUGGUGGAGGUUUGUGGUCUUCACAGGAGUCCAACAGUGAGGAUCUUUAUCAACCAGAAUAACAACCAGAUGAGUCAGGUGUGCUUUGGAAACUACUCUUAGCCACUUUCUGACUCCUGUGCUUUCCAUCAGCCAUCGCUCUCUGCUCCUUCUAGUCUUCAGGGUCUCAGGCCUGGACCACAUUGCCCCAUAUCUCCAAUCAAUCAAGGUAUUUGAACUUUUAUUGGCAAAACUGCAAAUGCAAAGUCUCACAAACCAGAAAAAUGAUUUGGAAAAAUCUGCACAAUUGACCAUAAACUAAACCAUAAUUUGGCUGGUUUUGAUUGACCACUCUGACUAUAGUCAAACCUUCUUUAGUCUGCUGUACUGUAACCAUCAACCCAAUCAAAAUCUGACAGUCAAAGGCUAAGAAAAUCAGCUGACUCUAAUAGCAUUUGCAGUUGUUGGCCACUAAAAGUUUUAAAAACCUUCCUGUGACUUCACCCACCUGUUAGGUCACGUCCAUUACGCUGCGAAUGCUCUCUGACCUCAGGUUAUGUGAAAGGUAUGUGCUGCGUGAUUCAGGGCGCCGUUUAUUAUCCAACCCAGGUCCACAAACGGAGACGCAGCAGCUUUCUUUGUCAGUAAAACUUUUUAUGGAUAGCACAUGGUCUAAGGAACUCCAGUGACAGAAGUACUUUUUUUUUUCCUUGCGAGUCGCAGAUUUUGUACAAAAAAAGAGUGAAUAAUGGCAAGUUGUAACAUGAGAUUUCAUAAUAAAAUCUUCAAAAAUAA